CAGGGAAACGGCGCCGACCCUCUUCGUCUCUCCCCGCCGAAGACCCUCUUUGUCUCCGGCCGCCGCCAGGUCGGUCGCUAAUGGACCGAUUUUAUUCCCUAUUUAUUUUAUCUGUUAUUAUGCAGGAGACGAUGUCCAAGGAGCUUGCCGCAGAGCAUCGUGAUGGUGACCAGGAUGAUCGUGGAGCGGCCUCGGAGGAUAGCGAUGGUGGCAACGGGCCGUUUGGCCCACGCGCGUUGCAGUUGUUGGCCCUCCUUCGUGCAAACUUCCCUAUCCGCGGUAUCAACGGCUACGAUUGGGAACUAGGCCGGUGCACCUACAGGCAGCGCCCAGCGCGAGGGGGAAGUACAAGAGGAAGGAAUGGUCGAUUUGGUCCCCAUUGGACCCCGUAGUAUUCUCAUGGCUUACGGCUACUUCGCCUUGGAGGUUUUCCAUUCCACUACUGCAGCCGGCGAUGAGGGGUCUGGAAGCGUUGGUGAUCCCAUCAUAGUGGAAUGGGAUGUUUGUGGUGAAGCUGAUGACAAAGAACCUGAGGAAUACACACAAACCAUCUGUGCAGGCCCUGGCCGCAUGUUGGAGAUCACAUACUUGGUGAUACCCAACGCCAUUGAGGCCAAUGUUGAGGUCAGGUUGAAGCUCAAGGACCUCGAUUAUAGAAGCCGCGUCGUGUAUGGUAAGAUCAAGGCGAGCACCGCUGACAAUGGGAACAAAAGCGUCCACCUCUUCAGCUGUGAACGAGGGAGGAGCUGGUCCGCUCCCUCUGGCUCCCCGUGGAUCCUUCCGUUGAGUCCGUCUGUGACUGCGUUGCCAUAUCGUCGGCAGCUCGAACUCCACUUAGAGGUGGACCUCACAGUAAUCGCAAUCUCAAUCUCUGGCAACCAAGAAGAAGAGGAGGAAACGAAUUUGAAAGUCACUGGUUUAAAAUUCACUCAUAGAGUUGGGAAUCAAGAAAGAGAAGUCAAUGGAGAUCAAGUUGAAGUGAACAUCACCUGGAGCACAAUAUUUUCAUAGUACUCCGCACCCAGAAUUCAGAAAGAAGUGAAGGGGUGCGGUAGUACUAGUCGCAGCACCAAAUCUGGAACCGUGUUCAUGUUAUCUAUUUCCUUUUUUGUUUUAACUAGUCAUUUCGUGUGAUCACUAUGAAAUAAGUGAA